CUUGGUCCUAUUGGUUCGACCUCUGAGCCCUCUCCCCAUACUAUUAACACUCAGUGCGUGUCAUUGCCGCGUGUGGUCCCUAACGCCGCUCUGCAAGAAAUACUCUCCUGCGGCCCUGAUUCCGGCGCCUGUUGCACUGGGAUGGUGGAGACAACGCGUCUAGGUUCUCACCACUUCCCAGCGUGGAGGGUUUGCAAAGGAGCACGGUUCUCACCUCAGGGAGCACCCGCGCUCCCCACGUCUCCCACCAUUUUGUCUCGACUCUGAGUCGCUUCUGCUCUUCUGAAGAUCAGCUGCCGCCUCCACUAGGAAGUCUUCCUGUCCUUCACUGCCCUUAACCUCAUUACCGCAGUGACCUCAUCCCUCGGAAUAUCCCCGAUCUCUGAUGUGGUUGACUCUAUGACCGUCACUCAGUCCAGAACAGCAGCUUUAGGGCAUGAAUUAUACUGACUUUUUAAAGGAUUGUAUUGUUGUUGUUUUUUAAAGAUUUUAUUCAUUUAUUUGACAGAGAUCACAAGUAGGCAAAGAGGCGGGGGUGUUGGGGUGGUGGUGGUGAAGCAGGCUCCCCGCUGAAACUAUGACCCGAGCAGAAGGCAGAGGCUUAGCCCACGGAGCCACCCAGGCGCCCCUAAAAAUCGUGUUGUUUUUUUAAAGCACCCUGUGCACCCGCCGAGGGGCUCGAACCUACGACCCCCCAGGUCAGGAGCGGCGCGCGCUACCGACUGACCCAGACACGUGCCCCCAGUUCGGCUGCUUUCCCUCCGCAUCCACGCUUUCCAGUUCCCUGCAAGGUGGCCUGCACGUUAACAGGAGCCAAGAAGGCUAGGGGAGGCGCAGCGGGGUUCAGGGGAGCAUGAGGGGGAAACGAGGGAGGCCAGGGCAGCCGAGGAGCCCUACAGGAACCGCAGCAGCCCCCCGCGCGGCAGAGCCCAGCGCGGACCCCGUGGCCCCCGCAGCCACCACCUCCGCACCCGGCGGCGCGGCUGCGCCUGCGCCGCCCGGAACUACAAAUCCCAGCGGCCCCCGCGACUCGGGCCGGAAGUGCUGUCCAGCUGCGGCGACGGGGAGGGCGGCGGCCCGGCGGCGGGAGAUUCAAACCUGGAAGGAGGAGGAACAUGGAGCGGCGGAGAGCGGGCGCGGGCCCCGCGCUGUACGAACGCCUCACGGCCGAGGAGAUGGAUGAGCAGAGGCGACAGAAUGUUGCCUAUCAGUACCUGUGCCGGCUGGAGGAAGCCAAGCGCUGGAUGGAGGCCUGCCUGAAGGAGGAGCUCCCUUCGCCGGUGGAGCUGGAGGAGAGCCUCCGGAACGGAGUGCUGCUGGCCAAGCUGGGCCACUGUUUUGCGCCCGCCGUGGUCCCCUUGAAGAAGAUCUAUGAUGCGGAGCAGCUGCGCUACCAGGCCACCGGCUUGCACUUCCGGCACACGGACAACAUCAACUUCUGGCUGUCUGCAGUAGCCCAUAUCGGCCUGCCUUCGACUUUCCUCCCGGAGACCACAGACAUUUAUGACAAGAAGAACAUGCCCCGGGCAAUCUACUGCAUCCACGCGCUCAGUCUCUUCCUCUUCCGGCUGGGACUGGCCCCGCAGAUCCACGAUCUGUAUGGGAAAGUGAAGUUCUCAGCCGAGGAGCUCAGCAACAUGGCCGCCGAGCUGGCCAAGUACGGCCUCCAGCUGCCUGCCUUCAGCAAGAUCGGGGGCAUCCUGGCCAGUGAACUGUCGGUGGACCAGGCUGCGGUCCACGCCGCCGUGCUCGCCAUCAACGAGGCAGUGGAGCGGGGGGUGGUCGAGGACACCCUGGCGGCCUUGCAGAAUCCCAACGCGCUGCUGGGGAAUCUCCGAGAGCCUCUGGCGGCCAUCUACCAGGAGCUGCUGGCCCAGGCCAAGGCGGAGAAGGCCGCCAGUGCCCAGACCCGCGGGGGCGGAGAGAGCUGGGACGUGUAUGACCGCUUCCUGACUCAGGCUGAGAUCCAAGGCAACAUCAACCACGUCAAUGUCCAUGGGGCUCUAGAAGCUGUUGAUGAUGCCCUAGAGAGACAGAGCCCCGAGGCCUUGCUGGAGGCCCUUCUGGACCCAGCGCUGGCCCUGCAAGGGCUCAGGAGAAACUUUGCUGGCUGGUACUUGGAACAGCUGAGCUCAGACAGAGAACAGAAAGCACAGGAGCUGGGCCUACUGGAGCUUUUGGAAAAGGAGGAGGUCCAGGCUGGUGUGGCUGCAGCCAACAUGAAGGGUGAUCAGGAACAAGCCAUGCUCCAGGCCGUGUGCAGGAUCAACAGAGCCAUCCAGCGGGGAGUGGCAGCUGCCACCUUGGAGGAGCUGAUGUGCCCAGAAGCCCAGCUGCCUCCCGUGUACCCCAGCGCCCCAGCCGUGUACCAGCAGGAGCUAAGGGCGCUCCAGCAGCAGCGGGGCGGGGAGCUCGGCCACGAGGAGCUCUUCGUGGCGGUGGAGAUGCUGUCAGCUGUGGUCCUGAUCAACCAGGCCCUGGAGGCCGGGGACGUCGGUGGCUUCUGGAGCAGUCUUGUGAACCCCGCCAGCGGCCUGGCCGAGGUGGAAAGAGAGAAUGCUCAGCGUUACUUUGAUGGUCUGGCGGAGCUGCGCCGGGCGCUGGCCGGGGCCAUCCUGAGCUGGAACGACCUGCAGGCCACUGUGCACCGGGUCAACGCCCAGGUCCAGGAAGAGACUGACCAGGUCCUUGCCGUCAGCCUCAUCAACGAGGCUCUGGACCAGGGCAGCCCCGAGAAGACCCUGUCUGCCCUCCUGCUUCCCUCGGCUGGCCUGGAGGACAUCAGCCUUCCUGUCGCCCCUCGGUACCAUCUCCUUCUCGUGGCAGCCAAGAGGCAGAAGGCCCAGGCGACUGGGGACCCUGGAGCACUGCUGUGGCUAGAAGAGAUCCGCCAGGAGGUGGUGAGAGCCAACCAGGACACAGACGCCGCACAAAGAAUGGCUCUUGGUGUGGCCGCCAUCAAUCAGGCCAUCAGGGAAGGCAAAGCAGGCCAGACGGAGCGGGUGUUAAGGAACCCUGCCGUGGCCCUCCGAGGGGUGGUUCCCAACUGUGCUGACAGCUACCAGCGGGUCUUGGAAGCCGCCAUGGCAAAGAAGAGGCACCCAGGAGCCCCGGCACUCUGGGUCCGACACGGCAUGAAGGACGGCUCCGCCUACUACUUCCACCUGCAGACCUUGCAGGGGACCUGGGAGCCGCCCUCCGGCUGCUGCCUGAACACGUCCCACCUGACUCGGGAGGAGAUCCAGUCGGCCGUCACCAAGGUCACCACGGCGCAUGACCACCAGCAGCUCUGGAAGGCCAACAUCGGCUUCGUCAUCCGGCUCCAGGCCCGCCUGCGGGGCUUCCUGGUCCGACAGGAGUUUGCAGAGCGCGCCCACUUUCUGAGGACCUGGCUGCCGGCCGUCGUCAAGAUCCAGGCUCACUGGCGGGGGUAUAGGCAGCGGAAGGCGUACCUGGAGCGGCUGCAGUAUUUCAGAGCCCACUCGGAUGCUGUCAUCAAGAUCCAGGCCUGGGCCCGGGCAUGGGCAGCUCGGAGGCGAUACCGGAGGCGUCUGGGAUUCUUCCAGAAGAACGUUGAGUCCAUCGUGAAGAUCCAGGCAUUUUUCCGCGCGCGGAAGGCCCGCGAUGACUACAGGACGUUAGUGCACGCAGCCCAUCCGCCUCUCCGCGUGGUGUGCAAAUUUGCCCACCUCCUGAAUCAAAGCCAGGAGGACUUCCUGGCGGAGGCCGAGCUGCUGAAGCUCCAGGAGGAAGUGGUUCGGAAGAUCCGGUCCAAUCAGCAGCUCCAGCAGGACCUCAACCUCAUGGACAUCAAGAUCGGCCUGCUGGUCAAGAACCGGGUCACCCUGCAGGAGCUGGUCUCCCACUGCAAGAAGCUGACCAAGAAGAACAAGGAGCAGCUGGCAGGCCUGAUGGUCCUGGACAGGCAGAGGGGGCUGAAGUCACUGAGCAAAGAGAAGAGGCAGAAGCUGGAAGCGUACCAGCACCUCCUGUACCUGCUCCAGACUCAGCCCAUCUACCUGGCCAGGCUCAUCUUCCACAUGCCACAGAGCAAAACCACCAAGUUCAUGGAGUCCGUGGUCUUCAGCCUCUACAACUACGCCUCCAGCCGCCGUGAGGCCUACCUGCUACUGCAGCUGUUCAAGACGGCGCUGCAGGAGGAGAUCAGGUCAAAGGUGGAGCGGCCCCAGGACAUGGUGACUGGCGACCCCACGGUGGUGAGGCUGGUGGUGAGGUUCUACCGGAACGGGCGCGGCCAGAGUGCCCUGCGGGAGAUCCUGGGCCGGGUCAUCCAGGACGUGCUGGGGGACAAGACGCUGAGUGUCCACACAGACCCCGUUCACCUCUACAAGAGCUGGGUCAACCAGAGCGAGGCCCAGACCGGACAGUGCAGCCACCUCCCUUACGAUGUCACCCCAGAGCAGGCCUUGAGCCACCCCGAGGUCCAGCGGCGGCUGGACAUCUCCCUCCGCAGCCUCCUCGCCCUGACCGACAGGUUCCUGGCAGCCAUCAUGUCCUCUGUGGAGCACAUUCCGUAUGGGAUGCGCUAUAUGGCCAAGGUCCUGAAGACCACCCUGGCAGAGAGGUUUCCUGCCGCCUCGGAGGACGAGGUCUACAAGGUGGUCGGGAACCUCCUAUACUACCGUUUCCUGAACCCAGCUGUCGUGGCCCCUGACGCCUUCGACAUCGUGGCUGUGGCAGCUGGCGGCGCCCUGGCCCCCUCCCAGCGCCACACGCUCGGGGCCGUGGCUCAGGUCCUACAGCACGCAGCUGCGGGCAAGGCCUUCUCCGGGCCGAGCCGCCAUCUGCGGGCCUUGAACGACUACCUAGAGGACACCCACAUCAAGUUCAGGAGGUUCAUGUGCCGAGCCUGCCGGGUCCCAGAGCCGGAGGAGCGCUUUGCGAUGGACGAGUACUCAGACAUGGUGGCCGUGGCCAAGCCCGUGGUGUACAUCACCGUUGGGGAGCUGCUCAACACGCACAGGCUGCUGCUAGAGCACCAGGACUGGGUCGCCCCCGAGCACUGCGACCCCUUGCAUGAGCUCCUGGAGGACCUCGGGGAGCUGCCCACCGUCUCCGACCUCAUCGGGGAGGGCGUGGCCGCCGCUGGGAACGAGGACCCAGCCAAGCUGGAGGUGUCCCUGACCCUUACCAACAAGUUUGAAGGGGUGGAGACGGACGCCGGCGACACUGGUGCCCAGAGCCUGCUUCUGAGCACCAAGCAGAUGCUGGCGGACAUCAUGCAGUUCCAGCCUGGGGACUCUCUCCAGGAGAUACUGUCCCUCCCUGUGACCGCAGAGCAGGAAGCGGCCCACAAGCAGCUGAUGGCCGAGCGGCAGGCGCGCGAGAGCCAGACCCCGGAGCCCCUGCGCCGGCACCGCUCGCUGAGCGCGCACGCCCUCCUGCCCCUGGCCGACAAGCGGCGGCGCGUCCUGCGGAACCUGCGCCGGCUGGAGAGCCUGGGGCUGGUCAGUGCCCGCGACGGCUACCAGGGUCUGGUGGACGGACUGGCCAAGGACAUCCGCAACCAGCGCCGGCACCGGCAGCGGCGGAAGGCAGAGCUGGGGAAGCUGCAGGCCACGCUCCAGGGCCUGGACGCCAAGACCGCCUUCUACGAGGAGCAAGGCGACUACUACAGCCAGUACAUCCGGGCCUGCCUGGACCAGCUGGCCCCCCGCUGCACGAGUUCUGGGAAAGGGAAGAAGCGGCCGGCCCUCCGUUACACCGCUGCCCAGCUGCUGGAGAAGGGUGUCCUGGUGGAAAUCGAGGAUCUUCCCGCCUCUCACUUCCGAAACGUGAUCUUUGACAUCACCCCUGGAGACGAGGCAGGCAAGUUCGAAGUGAACACCAAGUUCCUGGGCGUGGACAUGGAGCGGUUUCAGCUUCACUACCAGGACCUCCUGCAGCUCCAGUAUGAAGGUGUAGCUGUUAUGAAACUCUUCAACAAGGCCAAGGUCAAUGUCAACCUCCUCAUCUUCCUUCUCAACAAGAAACUCCUGCGGCAGUGACCAAGGCCUCUUCCCCUGCUCGGUGCUUGUCUUGACACUCAACUCGCUGCACACUUCCCUACAGAUGCCAGGGCUCAGGAUGGACCCCCAGGGCUCAGGAUGGGCUGAGCUCCAGGGUCCCACCCCGCCCCCCACUGGGAGGAGCUUGCCUACCUGGCCACAGCUAGGGUCUCCUGCUAACAGCUAACUGGAGCCUCGCCCCAGAGUCUGGCUGUGUGGCUGUUAAGUCCCAGACCCCUGCUCUCCCCGCAGGAGGGCAUGAAGUUGGGACUAGCCCUUUGCUCGGGCUGGCCUCUGGUCCCUCGUCUGCUGCCGCCUCACCGUGGUCACCCCAGUAUGACACUGCUGUGGGCCCCGUUCCCUCCUCCCUUCUCCCUGCGCAGCCCCGCCAGGCACCUGCUCCCUCCUGCCCCUGUCCCUCGCUCCCAGGACACCGUGGAUGCCUGAUGGCCCCGGGCAACCUCCGCUCCCAUUCCUCUGUGGAUGGUCUGUUCUCUGUGCGCCCCUCGAGUAUUUCAUGCAGCUUUAAUCAUAGUUUCAAUUCUGGCACUUUUCUGAGCUCAGAGUUGUUCCCCAUAUCUGCACCAACAGUGCCACCAGCACCUCGUGCCGUGUCGGUUGGGGCACCUUGGGUCAGAGGCAGGAAGGGCCCCCGGUACGUUGAAGACUCUGUCCAUCCACUUCCGACGGUACAAGGGGCGUCUCUCCCCCUCGGGGCUCCGGCCCCUGAGAGCUGACUCUUCUGGGCAGUUUCAGUCCACCUGCAUUCUUGCCCGCCCCCCCCAGCCGACUUCCUGUCCCUCUGCUCCCGACGUCACUUGAAUAAAAGCAGCCAUCAUCCCAA